UUUAAAUGAAUGAUUUAACACAUCGAUACUAUCGAUAGUGCCCCCGAUGGUUUGACACCUCUACCUGCAGCUUAUUUGGUUAUAAAUUAACUUUAACCAUGGCAAAUCCAAUGCGAAUCAAGGAGGAGACAUCCGGCGAAGAUCCCCCCAGCACGGAGACCAUCGAAAUACCCGAUCGGGAGGAUGAUCAGGACAUAUGUGAAUUGGAGCACUUGCGUAAGCUAUUUAUCGGUGGCCUGGCGCCCUACACCACAGAGGAGGGCCUCAAGGUGUUCUACGGGCAGUGGGGCAAGGUGGUCGAUGUGGUGGUGAUGCGCGAUGCCGCGACGAAGCGUUCGCGUGGUUUCGGCUUUAUUACCUACACAAAGUCCGCGAUGGUGGACAAGGCACAGGAGAACAGGCCCCAUAUCAUCGACGGCAAAACGGUGGAGGCCAAGCGGGCGCUGCCACGCCCGGAGCGUGAGACCCGCGAGACCAACAUAUCCGUGAAAAAGUUGUUUGUCGGCGGACUGAAGGACAAUCAUGACGAGGACUGCCUGAGGGAGUACUUCGUUCAGUUUGGAAGAGUGGUUUCCGUCAAGCUGCUCACCGACAAAACCACCGGCAAGCGUCGGGGAUUUGCAUUUAUAGAAUUCGAUGAUUACGAUGCUGUAGACAAGGCAAUACUUCAAAAGCAACAUUCCAUUAAGUACGUGCACGUGGAUGUCAAGAAAUCUAUUUAUAACUUGGAGAAGAAAGACAAACAGGCCCAGGGCCCGCCGACCAAUGGCAGCAAGCCGCCCCAGCAACAGCCACAGCAACCGCCUCAGCCGCACAAUGGGAACAUGCAGCCGCCCGGCUACCGUCCGCCUGUGCCGCCACAGCAAGCGAUGCCUCCGUAUCCGCACCAGCCGCCGCCACCAAUCAAUGCCCCGCCACCCAACUACAACUACUGGGGUCCCGGUCCGCCGCCACCAAUGCAGGGAUACUACCAGCAGCCACCUCCGCAAAUGAACGGCUGGAACGGCUAUCCGCAGAAUGGCUGGAAUGCUCCGCCGCCGCCACCGCCAGGCCCGCAGCAGUGGCACCCCAGUCAAUGGGGCUGUCCGCCGCCUGUGCAGCCACCGACAGGUGCAGGGGGUCCGCCAAUGGAUCAUCAUCGCAACGGGCCGCCCCCGCCGGCGCCGGGUAACUGGAACAUGCCGCCCAAUGCCCCGCCACCCGUACCUGGAGCACCGCUGCCGCAGGGUCCACCGCCACACCAGCAACCGCCUCCGAAUUUCGGCAGCGGCUAUCAGCAGAGCUACGGUGGGGGUCCUACCAAGCACAACAACAUGACUGCGAAUCGCAUGAACCCCUAUGCGACAGCUCCCCCCAACAAUUACCACAACACACAGCCGCCAGCCUCUGGCUACGGGCCGUACAAUUCUCCAGCUCCGCCGCCGAAUGGAAACGCACCGCCGCCAAAGGGCGUGUCAAACGGUUCGGUGGCCGUUGGAGGCAGUGCCAAUAGCAAGUAUCGCCGCUAGAUCGCCGGUAAGUAGAGCGCCCUGCGGCCGCAUCCCGUCCCUCCCCGCCAUUUAGCUGUCGUUUAAUUGAUAAGAAAACUCCCCCAGAUACGUCUUGCCGCCCCAUAUGUAUAUGUUUAAAAAUGUUUAACGUAUGAACUAAUGUGUACAAUUCUUUUUGAUUUAGAUGCCUUUUUGUGCGCACUUUGUGCAGCAAAAGAAAGAUUCAAGGUACUCUUAAGAUAGCAACACACACACACACACUCGCUUAGAGUUAACAAAAAAAAAAACCAGAAAGCACACAUAAACACUGAAAAACAGGACACUUAACGCAUUGUCUCUCUAUCUAUCAUAGGACGACUUACUGCGAUUUUUACUCUACACUUAAGCUAUACCAUUGAUAAUUUAACUAUCGAUCUAAGCCACAGACUAUAUGUAUAAAUAUUUUCUAGAACAAUGUUUUCGGGAGGUCCAAAGGUCCUUUAACCAUUUUUUGUUGCAUACAUCUGAAUGCAACCCCAUUUAGAGUGGAGGGGGAAUAAGCCGAUCCAUGCCGCAUUUUUGGAAAACAUUUAUCUAAAAUCGAAUCGAAUCGAAUCGGAUGGAUGGAUUACCAGUGCUCUCUAUAUUUCCAAUCCUCUCAAUCUCUGUAAUUUUUCGAAACCAAGCGUCCGUGCAGCGCGCGUUUGCUUGCAAAAAAUAUUAACUAAGGAUUGACAAAUGAAAGCAAUAAAUCAAUUAGCAAUUAGAUACAAAUUACGCAGCUUUAGCCUGAGCUUAUUGGCCAUAAUUCGUAUAGCUAGAUAAUAGAGCCUUUGUAUUACCUAACAAAAAACAAACAAACGCAAAAAAAGAUACGUCCAGAAAUAACAUAAACGUAAACAACAAGAGAAAAAAAGAAUAAGUAAAUCAAAUCAAAUCAAACGCUGAGCUGGCGGGCGUAGCACGGGUGUGUGGCCUUAACCUAUCGAUGUACACACGAGUUGAUAUCAAAACUAUUGUCAAUUUUUAUAGAGCAACAAGAUUAUAUACACCAUACGACUACUAUUGCUAUACAAGACAACACCAAACAUGAUUCUAUAAUGCUGUAAAAAGGUUUCUCCACACCAAAUGUCAUUGAACUACCCGCUCAUUCCGCCGAUUGACUGGAUUAACACGUUAUGCUGGCAGAUAACCUUCCUUUGAGUAAUGAAGGAAGUUCCUUAAGUAAAUUAGAACGCCUAGAACUUGCCAAAAGCCAUUAACAUUCAAUCCUAUUUCCCCCAUUGGAAACUAAUGCAUAGAAUCAUUCAGUCUAGUUUUACCAUUUAUUACCAGAAAGGUAUUGCAUUAUCAUAAUCCAGUCAAUCAGUAGAAUUACGAUAAUACGCGCAUGUUUCUUUAUUAUUUUUAAAGCUUUUGGGCAGAAUUCCUUUGUUUUUGUUUGACAAAAGAUGAGAAUACAAAUAAUUAUACACAGAAAUUAUAUGUAUAUCUAUAUAUGUAUAGUAUGUAUUUAUAUUUGAGUACGAACCACGACACACGGAACUCUAAGUUAAGUUUAGAUCCACAGUUUAACUAGAUGUACGAAUCAUUAUUCUCUCUUUCUACAAUAUUAUUACUAUAUUAUACCAUAUGUAUAUGUAUGCUUACGUUCUGUAGCUCACGCCAAAGGCUUUGAAUUUGAUCUAUGAAUUAUAUAUUAAAUAUACGAUUAAUUAUGUAUUGAGAAUAAGUCGAAAAAAAAAAAUAAGCGGAGGCUCAGUCCACAAGUCCACUUUGCCAGCUUCAUUUAGAGCCACUCCUCUACUCUCUACAUUUACGAAUACAAAACACACUAAUCACUUAACCGAAAAUAUAUGAAAAUUCGUAUUUAUUUUAAAUAAAUAAAACCUGAAAAACCAACACUA